UUCCCUCCAAUACUCAAUUAUAACAGCAGGUAGUAGAACAGAGAAAAUGGGGUGGGCAAUCGCUCUACACGGUGGUGCCGGUGACAUACCACUCAACCUACCACCAGAGCGCCGCCUUCCUCGCGAGGCUGCACUCCGCCACUGCCUCGAGAUCGGCGUAGCUGCUCUCAAAGCUCAAAAACAUCCACUUGACGUUGUCGAACUCGUGGUGCGUGAACUAGAGAAUCACCCAAACUUUAAUGCGGGUAAAGGAUCGGUUUUGACCUCGGCGGGGACGGUGGAGAUGGAAGCUUGUAUUAUGGAUGGCAAAACUAAAAAAUGUGGAGCUGUGUCUGGUCUCACAACUGUUGUGAAUGCAAUUUCUUUAGCACGGUUAGUCAUGGAGAAGACUCCUCAUAUCUAUCUUGCAUUUGAUGGAGCUGAGGCUUUUGCUAGGGAACAAGGUGUUGAGACAAUUGAUGCAAGUCAAUUUGUAACUGCAGAGAACAUUGAGAGACUGAAGCAGGCAAAAGAAGCUAACAGAGUUCAGAUUGACUACACACAACCUGUUCGAAACAAUGAGGAAGUCCAAAUUCCAAUUGCUGAUGGGGACAGCCAAAUUGGAACUGUUGGAUGUGUGGCUGUUGAUAAUAAUGGGAACUUAGCAUCUGCUACUUCGACUGGUGGAUUGGUGAACAAAAUGGUGGGUAGGAUUGGGGACACGCCUAUAAUCGGUGCAGGAACAUAUGCCAACAGUCUCUGUGCAGUUUCUGCUACAGGCAAAGGGGAAUCUAUAAUACGCGGUACAGUGGCUAGGGAUGUGGCUGCUCUCAUGGAGUUCAAAGGUCUUUCGCUUAAGGAAGCAGCAGCUUAUGUCGUGGAGGAGUGUGUUCCUGUAGCAACAGUCGGAUUGGUUGCUGUGUCGGCAACUGGAGAAGUCACAAUGCCAUUUAAUACAACUGGAAUGUUUCGAGCUUGUGCUACGGAAGAUGGUUAUUCAGAAAUUGCAAUAUGGCCUCCUCUGCGAGAUUGAUUGAUAUUGGUAAAUUCAACUGCUUUAAUUUAUUAUUAAAGCAUGUACCCUAGCUGAAAAAUGAGUGAUGAAUUAUGUUAGAGUGCUAUGAACUCUAUUGCUUUCUGUUUUUUAAAUUAUGAAACUUAAAUUCAAAUAUCAAUCUUCCUAGGAUUAAGGAAAA